CUUUUCCAGGAAUUAUUAUUGUUUAUUUUGUUUAAAAAAAAUCUCAUUUUCUCAAAUACAAACAAGGGAAGUGGGGAAAAAAAAUAGUGAAAUUUGACGGUGGAGGACUUUUUUUUUUUUUUUUUUAAAUAAUUUUUACUACUGAAUUGAAUUAAGCAAUGGCGGAGAAGAAGAGGAGGUUCAAGGUUGGUUACGCGCUGUUGCCGAAGAAGCAGAACAGUUUCAUCCGUGAUUCUUUGGUAAGUCUCGCCAAAUCUACCGGAAUCGAUCUGGUGAAGAUCGACCUGGAACACCCGCUCGCCGACCAGGAGCCGUUCGAUUGCGUACUCCAUAAACUCUACGGUGAUGAUUGGAAGCGGCAGCUCCUGGAGUUCCGAGCCGAAAACCCUAAUGCCGUCAUUUUAGAUUCGCCGGACGCGAUUGAGCGCCUCCACAACAGGAUUUCUAUGUUGCAGGUGGUUUCCGAGCUGAGGAUUGAGAGUCGGAGCGAUACAUUUGGGAUUCCUAAGCAGAUUGUGAUAUAUGAUAAGGAGACGCUAUUUGACCGGCAGGCCUGGGAGCUUCUCAAGUUUCCGGUUAUUGCCAAGCCGUUGGUGGCGGACGGGAGUGCAAAAUCGCACAAAAUGUCUCUCGUUUUCAACCACGAUGGGUUGAACAAGCUCAAGCCCCCGAUUGUUUUGCAGGAAUUUGUGAACCAUGGAGGAGUCAUCUUUAAGGUUUAUGUGGUUGGGGAGUACGUGAAAUGUGUUAAGAGGAAAUCGUUGCCGGAUGUUCCCGAGGAAAAAUUGGCGAAUUUGGAGGGUUCCUUGUCGUUCUCGCAGGUAUCCAACUUGGCCACUCAUGAAAAGAGUGAUGAAUUGUAUUACAAGAAGAUGCAUUUGGAGGAUACUGAAUUGCCACCGCAGAGUUUCAUGACGGACAUUGCUAAGGGUUUGAGGCAGGCAUUGAAGUUGAAUUUGUUCAAUUUUGAUGUGAUAAGGGAUACCAGAUUUGGUAAUCGCUACCUUAUCAUUGACAUUAACUAUUUUCCUGGAUAUGCCAAAAUGCCUGAUUAUGAGACCGUUUUGACCAAUUUCUUUUUGGAUAUAGCCAAUAGAAUCGACGGGGAAGUGGUCGAAAGUUUGGAUGAGGGGAAUUGCGAAGAGAAGGCAGAUUCUGAUGCUAGCUAGGUUCUUAGUUGUGAGGAGGAGGUGGAGAAGGUUGUCGGUAAUACAAGCUGAAGUGAUGGGGAAGAGGAAGAAAACGCCAUUCAAGUUUGACAAAAUGUAGGCAAUACCUGUGAACAGAGUAACUCGUUUUCUUCACUAAUUGGUGAUUUUGGGUUGUCAGAAUUGUAUAAGGAUUGGGACCCUUAACGCCAAUUUCUACACUGGAGUGAGUUGCAAACUUCGUUUAUAAACAGAAGUUGGUACAAUGGUGAAAUGAGUAGAUUUGAGCUUGGAAAACACCUGAAGUCUCAAAGUACAGUUUAGCCUUCAAGAUUGAGGCCUUAAGCAUUUCUUUGUUUAGAAGUUGUUCUAGUUUUGCAAUUUUGACAAGCUUGUCUCUAAUUGAUUUGCAUUUACUUUUGUUAGUUUUGCACAUCUUUUCUUUCUAAUAUUUUUUACCAAUUGUUCUGCCUUUAAAUUAGAAUAAGUUCUCGGAACAAAAUAACAAGCAUUUAUUUUA